AUGUCAUCAGAAAAUAAAGGAAUGUUGUUCUGUUUGGGAUGUAUUUCAGUAAUACCUGGUAUGAAAAGCCAAUUGGUUAAUAGUAUGUCGUUUCAUCCGCCAAUUAUUAAGGGUUAUAAAUACACUAAAAGUGGUGACUCAAUUGUGUUAUUUGAUUAUCAUAGAAAAAAAUAUAUCAGUUUGAAUGAGAUGAAAAAGAAUCUUAUUAAUAUUGAUCCAGGAAGAUGCCGCAUUCAAGUAAAGUUUACUUCAGUGAAUUCUAUUGAUAUGUUUUACUAUAAAAAUCCUGCAGCAAAACUUACAAUCAUAUAUUCUCAUUCAAAUGCAACGGAUAUAGGAUAUUUAUUUGGACAUUUAUUUGAUUUUUCUCAUAAAGCUCAGGUUAAUAUAAUUAGUUAUGAAUAUAAUGGAUAUGGUCAAUCUAAACAAAAAACUUCUGAAGAAUCUCUCUACGACAAUAUUAAAACUAUUGUCAACUAUUCUGUUAAUAAUCUAAAGUUACCUGCAUCUAGUUUAAUACUUUAUGGACAGUCUAUUGGUUCUGCUCCUACUGUACAUUUUGCUUCUACUUAUAAUUCUAUUAAUAUUGGAGGUAUAAUCAUCCAUUCUGGUAUUAAAAGUGCAGUUUCUGUAAUAUGUAAUAAUACUAAUAGUAAGUCGUUGCCAUGGUAUGAUGCAUUCAAAAAUUUAGAGAAAAUACAAAAAGUUAAAUGUCCUGUAUUUGUAAUUCAUGGUACUGCUGAUACUAUUAUUCCAUUUAAUCAUGGUGAAAUGCUUUACAAACUUUCUCCUAAUAAAUAUACACCUUGGUAUGUAAAUGGAGCUAAUCACUGUAAUAUUGAACUUAACUGGAGAGGCGAACUUAUUUCAAAAGUUAAACAAUUUAUUGAUUACAUUUCUCCAAAACCAAAAAUUAUCUCCUCUAAGUCUUGCCCUAAUCACCAUAUUGUCUCAAUAUCUAGAAUUUCUACUUUAUCUAGUCAAGGAUUUGAGAAUUUAUGCCAUGAUAUAGAAGAUGAGGAUGAGGAUGAGGAUGAGGAUCAAGAUGAAGAUAUUCAUUAUGAUUACGCUGAAUGUGAUAUUGCAAAUCAAGAUUACGAUUAUAAUCAAAAAAAUUAUUAUCCUCAAGAGGAAUCAUGUUUUAUACCAGAAAGCCAUACCAGAAACUAUUUAGACCAUAAUAAUACCACCAAAUCUUCUAGUAAGUAUUUUAACAAUCAAACUUCUCAAAAAGAGAAAGUCAUAGUUCACUCAAAUAUCUCACAACCAAACACUUUAUCUCAUUCUAAUAAAUACUUCACUCAAACAUCAAGUGGUAGUUCUCAUAAUCUUGGAAAUAAUUACCAACUCCCUAACCAUGUUAUAUAUGGUGUAUCUAUUUAUGAAGAUAAUUCUAGUUUAUUUAGAAACAACAGUAAUGGUUAG